CUUUUUUUUUCUUUUCUUUUUCUCAUAACUCUCAUGUCUCUUCUUCGAGCUACUACCAAAGUCUCUCCUCGCUUUACUAUGGCCGCUAGAACAGCCAUGGUACGCCGUACCUUUGCUUCUGCUAAACCUGAACCCAAGACACCUAUUGAUCCUCAAGCUGCAGGUCCUAUGUUACGAUACCAAAAGAACCUUCCCAAACUCCCUGUGCCUGCCUUGGGUGCCACUUUACAAAAGUACCUCAAGACGAUCCGUCCUCUUGUUGACGAUGUCGAAUACAAAAAGACAGAACAAGCCGUAAAGGACUUUGAAGCACCUGGUGGUCUCGGUCUUCAGCUUCAAGAACGUCUUAUGGCUCGAGCUCAAGACCCUAAUAUUGUUAACUGGAUGGAAGAUUGGUGGCUUGAUCAAGCCUAUAUGGGUUAUCGUGAUCCUGUUGUGAUCUAUGUCAGCUAUUUCUUCUUGUAUAAAGAUGACAAAUUACGCAAGGAUCCUGCUGAACGCGCUGCUGCUAUCACUACAGCUGCUCUUGAGUUUAAGAAACAGGUUGUUGAUAAGACAUUGUCUGUUGAAAUGGCCAAGGGUGAACCUAUGUGUAUGGACUCAUACAAGUACAUGUUUAACAAUUGCCGCAUUCCAAAGAAACCUUCUGAUUAUGAAAUCAGCCAUGAUCCUGUCAAGAACAAUCAUGUGAUUGUGAUUCGUAAAAACAAAUUCUAUGUGGUCGAUACGUUCCAUAAGGGCCAACAAUUGUCUACUGCUGAACUUCAACAGCAAUUCCAGAACAUCAUUGAUCAAGCAGGCUACUCAAAAGGUGUUCCUCUUGGUGUCUUGACAUCAGAUAACCGUGAUACAUGGACAGAGUACCGUGAGCAUUUAAUGUCUGUAAACCCUGAGAAUGCUCGCAUGUUGGAAAAGAUAGAAUCAUCCGAUUUUGUUGUCUGUCUGGACGACCAAUCACCUUUUACCCGUGAUGAAGCUUCCCGCGCUUGCUGGCAUGGUGAUGGCCGUAACCGUUUCUUUGAUAAACCUCUUCAGUUUAUCGUCUUUGAGAACGGUAAGGCUGGUUUCAUGGGCGAGCACUCUUGCAUGGAUGGUACUGCCACUUGUCGCUUGAACGAAUAUGUGUGUGAUGGUCUAAACAGAAACUUGAUUCAACAUGGUUCUGCUAAUGUGCGUUCUGAUAUUCCUGUGCCUCAAGAACUCAACUUCCAUAUUGACGAUGCUGUUAUCAAGGACAUUCGAUCCGCCGAAUCUCAUUUUGAGCGCUUGAUCAACAAGCAUGAAUUGACUGUCUUGGCCUACCAAUCCUACGGUAAGAACUUGAUCAAGAAAUUCAAGUGCUCCCCUGACGGUUAUGCUCAAAUGGUCAUUCAGCUCGCUUACUACAAGAUGUUUGGUACCAGCCGCCCUACGUAUGAAUCUGCUCAAACACGUAAAUUCCAACGUGGUCGUACCGAAACUGCUCGUACGGUCUCUACUGAAUCUGUGACCUUCGUCAAGACUAUGGAAGAUCCUCAUGCUUCUAACCAAGUCAAGAUUGCUGCUUUUCGUGCUGCUUUGAAGGCACAAGGGGCUUACAUGGCUGAUGCUGUCAAUGGUCACGGUGUUGAUCGUCACUUCUUUGGUCUCAAGAAUAGUUUGAAGCUUGGAGAAGAAAAGCCUGAAUUGUUCACUCAACCUAUCCAUGCCUACUCUUCUCACUGGUACCUCUCUACCUCUCAAUUGUCUUCUGAACACUUUGAUGGUUAUGGUUGGGGUCAAGUUGUCAACGAUGGUUUUGGUUGUGCCUAUAUGAUUAAGAGCAAUGCACUUCAAUUCAAUGUGGCUAGUGUAAAGGAUCUCGAAGUGCAUGGUACACGCUAUGUGAAUGGUACUCACCAUUUCAAGCAAGCUCUUGAAGAUGCUGCUAAUGAUUUGAGAGAUUUGAUGAUGACUGAAAUCGAGUCUGAAGCCAAAUUGUAGAUUCGCUUUUCCCGCCUUUUUUUUUUUUUUUUUUUUACA